AUGGAACAGAUAAAAACAAUUAAACUAUAUCAGGUGGAUGCCUUUACAGAUAAAUUAUUUGGUGGUAAUCCAGCAGCUGUAUGUCGAUUAGAUAAAUGGUUAAAUAAUGAAUUAUUACAAAACAUAGCGGCUGAAAAUUUUCUUCCUGAAACAGCAUUUUUUGUUUCACGUGCUGAUUCACCAGAUAAUCAUUUUGAUAUAAAAUGGUUUACACCCGAAAUUGAAAUGGAUUUAUGCGGUCAUGCUACAUUAGCAACAGCUCAUGUCAUAUUCAAUCAUUUUCAAUUGAACACAAACAAAAUUAUAUUUAAUUCGAACAGUGGACAACUUAUUGUUGAAAAACAAAAUGAUUUAAUUAUUCUUGAUUUUCCAUCACGAAUGCCUGUAGAAGUUGAAUUACCUGAAAUUAUUCUAAAUGGAAUUGGAAUAAAACCAAUUGAGACAUUGAAAUCGAGAGAUUAUGUUUUACUGUAUGAUAAUGAGGAUACAGUGAGAAAUAUCACACCUAAUCAACAAAUAUUGAAUGAAAUUAAUCUUGGAACAGGUGGAAUUAUUGUUACUGCUAAGGCAAAUAAAGAAAAUAAUGGAAUUGAUUUUGUUUCAAGAUUUUUUACACCUCAAUCAAGUAUACUCGAAGAUCCUGUCACAGGUUCGGCACAUUGUUCAUUAAUUCCAUACUGGAGUAAACGAUUAAAUAAAACGGAAAUGAUUGCCUUACAAGUUUCAAAAAGAGUUGGAAAACUUUAUUGUGAAAAUUUUGGUGACAGAGUGUUAAUAAGUGGAAAGUGUAAAACAUAUUUAGAAGGACAAAUUAAUAUUUAUGAAUAG